AGCUCGGCAAUCACUGAUCAUCCCAUUGCAGCUCCAAUAACAUAGCUAUAGCUGGCGGCCAGCUGCUUCUUCAGUCUCCCCCUUCUCAUUGCAAUAAAGCAAUAUCACAACGCUGUCUCUACUCACCAUGUCGCAUGUACGAAUUCUAUUUUUUGCUAUUAUUUUGCAGUCUUUCAUAGGACGUUGUGCAAUGACAUCUGUUACCCUGCAUGGAGUUACCGAUACACUGCCACCGCAAUACGAGAAGUAUGCAUCAGCUCUAAACACUGCAGCUGAAGCUUUUAAAGAAGCUGAAGCAUUGUUCAAUGAUCAAGAUUUUAUCGACCGAAAUGGAUGGAAGUCCGAUACGGAGAACGACGAAGGCGACGUAGUUUACGCGAAGCAUACGCCAAGAGGCAAAAUGGUCACCGUACAGACGACGUUAGACCUUGAUGUUGACUCAGUUAUGCAAGAAACAUGGACAGGUGUCGAAGGUUUGCCCAAAUGGAAUCCAAACAUUAAUUUUGCGGAAACAAUUGAUUCGCCCACUCCCAAUUUCGAUAUAAUUACGUAUGGAAAUAAUGACGUCCUGAUUGUGAGUGGCCGAGAGUUCAUAUCUGCACGGAUUUAUAGAAAAGUGGGUGAUGGCUAUAUUAUGGCAUCUCGAAGUGUGGAUCUCGAAGAUCGUCCCGAAAAAGAGGGGAAAGUCCGAGCGCAGCUCAUAUUGGCCGGUGCAUUCUUCAGACCUCAUCCAGAGAAAACCAACAAAACAUUAACAGACGUGGUUAUGCUCGCUGAUCUCAAAGGAUUACUACCUAAGAUUGUUGUAAAUCAAGUGCUUGGCAGAAUAAUGAUAUCGGAUGCCGAAAAUAAUAAGAAGCACUAUUUGGAUAUCGCAAAGGAGAAAGGCCUUGAGGAUUGAUAUCUUUCGUAUAGGAUUAUUCAAUGUUAUUACGAGUAAGGAACUGAGAUUAUUGUCAAAGAAAUAAAUAGAGAAAAAUCACUUGUUUUGACCUACAGUGUUUGCAAAUUUUUUUCAAGAGGAGGUCAAAUAUGUAAGUAUGCAAAUAAAUAGUCCAUG